AUGUGGGUUUUUGAAGUCGAAAGAUGGUUUUCACUUCGACAGUCCACCGAAUGUAUUGAACACGUCGUUUAUAUCGCAGCGUUAGAGUACGACUGGAGAAGAGUAGCUAAAGAAUACUCUUAUGUCGGAAUACGAGAAAAACAUUUAUGGGCUAGUGUGUUUAUGUGGUAAAUAAUAUGUAAUACAUACAAUUAUGUAUUUUAGAUUAUAUAUUCGUAUGCAUAAGAAUUAAUAAUAUUCAACGAAAAAUCUUUUCGUUUUUAAAGCCAUCCACGAUCUCCAAUUACCCGGUGCCAAAGACUAGGUGUUAUUUUGUGUGCAAUUUUGAGUUUGAUGUUAUCCAGUUUGAUGUUUUACGAAUUGAAGCACAGUAAAUUUAAUAUUACUCAUAUAACAUAAAUAACUUAAACAGUUCGUAAAUAUUUGUUUCGUUGAUUCAUCUGUGUUUGAUAGCUGACGAAGAAGAAUUUGAAAAAUAUGAGCUGAAAUUGAGAGAAAUCUUAAUAGCAAUACAAAGUGGAAUAAUCCAAGCAGCAUUAACAAUCAGCGUGCAUUAUUGUUUUCAGUAA